AUGGCACUGAAGGACCUGGAAAGUCUGGUGUGUGGGACAGCAACUUUAAAAUGGGAAAACUCUUCUCUGAGAGAACUAGACCUCAGUCUCAAUGACCUGCAGAACUCAGGAGUGGAGAAGCUCUCUGAUGGACUGAAGAGUUCACAUUGUAAACUGGAGAUUCUCAGAUUAUCUGGUUGUUUAGUAACAGAGGAAGGCUGUUCUUUCCUGGCUUCAGCUCUGAAAUCAAAUACCUGCCACCUGAAAGAACUAGAUCUGAACUACAACCAUCCAGGGGAGUCUGGAGUGAAACUGCUUUCAGAUCCACACUAUUCACUACACACACUCAGCAAACAUGGCGUGUCCUUUCCUCGACGAGCUCUUCAUCGGGAACGAGUCAUUAGACCCAGAUUGGACAUACUUUCAUUACCCGACGAGUAUCUCCGCGAACGUUACCGUUUUUCCUCACAGUCAAUUAGAUACUUAAAUAAUAUUCUAAAGCCAUACAUUUCCAAUAUCACACAUCAUGGAUCCGCACUUACUUCUUUGCAAACUUUAUGCAUUGCUCUCCGGUUUUUUGCAAAUGGUUCUUUUUUAAACAAUGUAGGAGACGCUGAACACAUAGGGAAGGCUACUGUAUGUCGGUCCGUCCGAAAAGUAUGCCUAGCAUUAAAACGUUUGAUGUACAGUUUUGUGGUGUUCCCUGGGCAUAAGCCUGUAAUGAACAUCAAAGAGGAAUUCCACAGAAUUGCAGGUUUGCCAAGAGUCACUGGCUGCAUGGAUGGAACCCACAUCCCAAUUAAAGCACCUGCAGAAAAUGAAGGGGAUUAUGUAAACAGAAAAUUCUUCCACAGCAUUAAUAUACAGAUCGUAUGUGAUGCUACAAACAUAAUUACAAAUCUUGAAGCCAAAUGGCCUGGCUCUGUGCAUGAUGCACAGAUUUUUCGUGAGUCUGCACUAUACAAUAAAUUUGAACAAGGACAAUACGAUGGUCUCCUCCUUGCAGACAGAGGGUAUCCCUGCAUGCCAUAUGUGAUGACACCAUACCCUGACCCUGAGCCUGGACCACAGUCACGCUACAACCUGGCCCUAUCCAAAACAAGAGCAAGGGUUGAAAUGACAGUCGGGAUUCUCAAGGCCAGGUUUCAGUGCCUGCGGGGGCUCAGGGUCACUCCAGAGAGGGCAUGUGACAUUAUAGUGGCAUGUGUGGUACUGCACAACAUUGCCACCAUUAGAGGAGAGCAACAUCCUGCCAUACCCCAAGCAGAUAUUGAGGAGGAACCACAUCUUAAUCUACCUGACCACAGAAAUGGUAGAAUUGUCCGAGAUGCAAUAUGCAAUCACUAUUUCUCCCAAUAA